UGGGGCUGGGCCGCCCUCUUUGGCCCGGAGCAGGCGUGGGGACCGCAAACCUCGGAACUCAGCAGCGGGCUCCUGGACCGAGGGCGGCGGGGCCCUGGGAGUGGUCUCCUAGAAGCAGCCACGUGUGCACAGAACCCCUGACGCAUGUGCAGGUGGGUGGGGAUCGCCCGUCGGCGCUGCCCCUUGGCCGGGGUUACCCUGGGCAUCGGGGAGUACUGUGCGCCGGUCCCUGCCCCUAGCCGGGGGGGGGGGUGCGGGACCCGGGGCUCAGGAGGUGGGCACCCGGGCCUGACCUCACCGGGUUUCUCCGGAAAGCCCGCGCCCCCCGCCAGCCACGCUCGGCUGUCUCCGUGCCCGGCGCUCGGCGGCACUCGGCUGUCUCCGGCCGCUCGGCUCAGCGCUCGGCUCGGGUCCGCGGCCGCUGCGGCGCGAGUAUUUCUCCGCAGCUCGCUGGCGGCCGCGCCCGCCCGGCCCGCGCCCAUGCAGGCCAUCAAGUGCGUGGUGGUCGGCGACGGUGCCGUGGGGAAGACCUGCCUGCUGAUCAGCUACACGACCAAUGCCUUCCCGGGAGAGUACAUCCCCACAGUUUUCGACAACUACUCGGCCAACGUGAUGGUGGACGGGAAGCCGGUCAACCUGGGGCUGUGGGACACCGCUGGGCAGGAGGACUACGACCGGCUCCGGCCGCUCUCCUACCCUCAGACCGACGUCUUCCUGAUCUGCUUCUCCUUGGUGAGCCCAGCCUCCUUUGAGAAUGUCCGUGCCAAGUGGUACCCGGAGGUGCGACACCACUGCCCCCACACGCCCAUCCUCCUGGUGGGCACCAAGCUGGACCUCCGGGAUGACAAGGACACCAUUGAGCGGCUGCGGGACAAGAAACUGGCGCCCAUCACAUACCCUCAGGGCCUGGCCAUGGCCCGCGAGAUCGGUGAGUUCGGUCAAGUACCUGGAGUGCUCGGCCCUAACCCAGCGGGGCCUGAAGACAGUGUUUGA